ACUGCCACCUUAAGAAGUUCUCAGGACUUCAUCUUUUGUCUCCUCGAGUCAAAGACAGUAAGAGUCUCUGGCAGGUGGCGGAAGGAAAGAGCUUCCUCAGCCCCAUGUUGGGCGGAGCCGGGGGAGGUCUCCACCUGCAGAAGGCGGGGACGGGGCGGAGCUGGCAGGAGGGUGGCGACGCCAGAGCCUCGGCAGCGCAGGGCACCCGGCAGACCCCAACCCUGCCCGGCAGCUGCUGCUCCACUCGGCCUCUCAGGUUCAGAAUGGCCUCCACCAUGCUAUCUGGCCUAGUGUUUUGGCUGACAUUUGGAUGCACUUCAACAUUUGCUUACAGCCCAAGGACCCCUGACCGGGUCUCAGAAACAGACAUCCAGAGGUUGCUCCAUGGCGUUAUGGAGCAGUUAGGCAUUGCUAGACCACGGGUGGAGUAUCCAGCACAUCAGGCCCUAAAUGUUGUGGGGCCACAGAGCAUUGAAGGUGGAGCUCAUGAAGGUCUUCAGCACUUGGGUCCUUUUGGCAACAUACCAAACAUUGUGGCCGAACUGACUGGUGACAACAUCCCUAAGGACUUUAGUGAAGACCAAGGCUACCCAGACCCUCCCAACCCCUGCCCACUUGGAAAGACAGUAGAUGACGGAUGUCUAGAAAACACCCCGGACACAGCAGAGUUCAGUAGAGAAUUCCAGUUGCAUCAGCACCUUUUUGAUCCAGAACACGACUACCCAGGCUUGGGCAAGUGGAACAAGAAGCUCCUCUAUGAGAAGAUGAAGGGGGGUCAGAGGCGGAAACGGAGGAGUAUCAACCCUUAUCUACAAGGCCAGAGGCUGGACAAUGUUGUCGCAAAGAAGUCUGUCCCCCACUUCUCCGAGGAGGACAAGGAACAGGAGUAAUGUGGAGCUGCACGUGGAAAUGCACACAGCGCCUGUUAGGCCUCAGUCUUGCUCUGUGCACGUGUUCUUCCUCGAGCCCCAUGAAUGCCAGCAUGUUUCUCAUUUAGACAAGUGUGGAUGAAAAGCAGCUGUGUGUUUGAUAGUGCAUCAUUGCUCACACCAAUAGCUUCGCUUUCUGCUAUGUUACAAAAAAAGCUUUUUUUUUUCACUGUGGAUCCUCUGUGAGCAUGAGCAUGAAAGUGUGUAUGGCAGCAUUUAUCAAAUGUAACACUAGAAGUGAAAUGUCCUCAGAUGUCUUGCAAUUUAAAAUGGCUGUGAUGUCUGGGCCCAGUCUGUGGAAGCUGCCAUUUGAUUUUGAUUAUGGAGUCCAGCUAGCCCUUGGGUGUUAUUACACAGUAAUAAAGAAGAUCACACUGCAGAGAAGGAACUUCCAUGUUUCACUGGCUGCAGCUUAAUAAAUGUAUAGGUGAACUUCA